ACAGGUCUGGUUAUUUCUUGCAGUGGAGGCCAGUUUCUCAGUUUCUCCCCUGACGCACCGGGAGCAUCUUCCUCCAUCAGAUGCACCCGGAGUCUGCUGCUGCUCACACACCUUUAAUGCCCAGCUGUUUACCCGGCAUGUAACCCGGGUUAUUGCUCUGUUUCCAGGCCCGGUUUGUGUGUUGUGUUCCCCCCAUGGAGGACUAGCCGGGUCGGGGAUCCACCGCCCUGCAGGCUGCGGGGAAACACGGAUCUCCACACCGACGGGAGUACACCCAAGUCGGGGAUAAAAAGGUUGAAAAUGGUGGAUGUUUCUGGCUUCUCUUGCCGUCAUGUGAACGCGGACGAACGUGCCGGGGAUGAUGGUGAAAGCACUCGGCUGUGUGCUGCUCCCUAGCCUCCCCUGUCCCUCGCCUCCCACCUGAUCUCCUCUCCUCCUCUUCCUCCUCCUCCUCCUCCUCCUCCUCCUCCUCUGGUUCAUCAUGACCUCCACCCUGGAGAUGCUGCCCCCCGACCCGGAGCUCAGUCCGGAGCGACUGGACGGCUGUGAGGACUUUGGCGGACGCUACAAUGUUGUUCCCUCUGUGAUCUGCUCCAUGUGCUGCCUCUUCGGCAUCAUCUACUGCUUCUUUGGGUACCGCUGCUUCAAGGCGGUGAUGUUCCUGACCGGCCUGAUGUUCGGCUCCGUGGUGAUCUUCAUGCUCUGCUACAAGGAGCGCGUCCUGGACACGCAGCUGAGCAUGGAGGUGUCGGUGGGCAUCGGGCUGGGCAUCGGCACGCUGUGCGGCCUGGUCACCAUGCUGGUGCGCAGCGUGGGGCUCUUCAUGGUGGGGCUUCUGCUGGGUCUCCUGGUGGCCGUGGCUACACUGGUGGGCAUGGAGGAGCUCUCCGACAGCCCCCCUCGCUCCGUUUGGGUGCCUCUGGGCGUCCUGUUGGGGCUCGGGAUGCUCUUCGCCGUGCUCGCGCUCCAAUGGCAGCGCCUUUUCACCACGUUCUCCACUGCCAUGUUCGGGGCGGCCGUCAUCACGGUGGCGGUGGACUACUUCGUGGAGCUCUUCGCCCUCGUGCUGUACAUGUACGAGCGCCUGAAGGCAGCACCGGGGAAGCCUGUGUGCUGGGUGACGUGGGUGGUGCUGGGGGUGUGGCCCGCCCUCACCCUGCUGGGGGUCAUGGUGCAGUGGAAGGUCACCGCCGAGGGGUACUCCCACACCAAGGUGAUCAUCAGCCGGCAGCAGAGGAGGAUGCAGGUGAUGAGGAUCCGGCAGAGGGACGACCGCUAUCGAAACAAGAAGAAGAAGAAGACGCAGUCCUCCAGCAGCAACCAUCAGGCCAAGCAGCUCCACCCUGAGCCCGCAUACCGCCGCAAACCCAACCCCAUCCGUCGCUACGACACCGACGUCCUCUCCCCGAGCUACAUCCAGAGUUUCCGGGAGCGGCAGGUGCAGGUGCAGCCGGUGGGUCGCCUGGCAGGGAGACCCCACACGGUGGUGGACAUAGGGUACGACCACGGCUCCACCACGCCCCUCACAGGAGCUCCAGGACCCCCACUACGGAUCUGAGAGACCCCCCUCUAUCACCUCAAAGAGACCUGAACACACCCCUCCACCAGGGAGGUAAAAGACUCACGACCCCACCUGGGCGUCAUCACGUCCGAUCGGGGCAAACCACCACUGGGUUUAAUGCAAACAGCUCAGCCACACCCCUAUGAGGAGAGAAGAUAUACAGGGCUGGAUUCACCCAAAAUGCAACACAUGUUUUACUCUUUAAAUGUUGGAUUAGAAAGCGCCACCUCCCAGUGUGCAUGGUGCAGAGGUUGACAUCUUUCACUGAGAUUGAAAUGCAUGAAACACAAACACACCGCUACGAUCUGAAGGGUGGAGGUGGAAGCAUCAGCUGUACCGCCCCUCGCUUGUUUUUAAACACCGUCUUAACUUAAAGCAGAUCAGGGAUCAGUCUCACUGCUAACCUGCCUCAGGUCCAAAUACAUCUUAGGAGGAAUCGAAAUAAAACCUCGCCCUCUUUCACCGUGCUGAUGUUGGUGCCGAUUUUCAACCCAUGGUGCAGGUCCUCCGCCUGAAGGCGUCUUAAAAGUCCAAUGAAGAUCAGCUAUAAUGUCUGCUUUCUUCGCCCUCUUCCUCCCACAUGAAAUCGUCCUUGAAACGGGGGGAGACACCUCCGUCACCCUUGGUGCUGGACGAUCCACUUCUUCAAAACUGCCUUGCCCCUCUGCGGACUGUACCAUUCAGCGACAGCAGGGGGGAUCUCCCAUCGAUGGCUUGGUUUUGAAAGAAAUGUGAACACAGAAGGAUGUGUGUGGGGGGGGGGGGUUAGUGUCGGAGCUACAACAAGCAGGGUAAACAUGUAGAGUUGUUGUCUUCACAGAUGCCUGGAUAAAGGAUUUGCUUUUAGCUGACGAGCAAGACAAGCCACAUUUAUACUGGCACCUCAUCUCACUGGUUAUUUUACAACCUGCAAACAAGAGAUUAUUUACACUGCCAUUAUUAGAUAACUUUAGCUCCAGUUGCACCUUGUUCCUGAGCCGUUUUAAGACAUGCAAAGGAAGCCUGUGGAAAGAUGUGUGUAAAGUGAAAUCUCUGAAUGACCAGGAUACAUAUUGAUAUUAAGAAGAAACUCGGGCCGAGAUGCCGGUGUGAAGAAAGGAGAAUCAAGUGGCCAUACCAGCUUUUACUGGGCCUCCUUCCAUCAUGGGGCUGACCCCCUUUAUUUGGGACAUUUCUGUCACCUGUGAAAAUGUGAAUCGUCUUGACCUCGUUAAAGGAAGAGCAAAGCAAAUAUGGGGUAGGGGGGGGGUGUAUGGUACGUUUUUAAUUCAUCCGUGGGAAGUGCAUGACUAACACCCCCCCCCCAACCUGCGUCCCCUCACCCUUUUUAAUGUGCAUCGAUGUGACAUUUGUGCAUAAAACACAGCACUUACUAACUUUCAUCUUUCAAUUUCCUUUCUCAGAAAUCUUAUUAAGAUGUUUUUCCCAGUGGGAUGUAUUUAUUUGCUGAUUUUAUUUAUUCUGUAAAGGAGAAUGCAAUGUCAUCACUGUAGGCCGGUGACUCCAUGCUUUCAUUGAUGAAUAUUAAAGCAUGUGUUCCUUUGGAUACAGAUCA